AAUGAAAAAAGUAUUGGUCUUUUAAAUGGGGUCGUAGAGCUCUGUUGACGAGCUACCUGUAUGUGAUUUUGUCAAGUCACCUAAGAUACAUUUUUGCCAUUUUAUUUUGGCAGUGGAUGUCUGCAUAUUUCAGCGUACUAGCUGAUUUCUAAAAAUGCCGAGUAACAAGCUGGAAAAACCAGAAAAGGUGGAGGUCAGUGACAAUGUCAAAGUGGUGGUGCGAUGUCGGCCGCUCAAUCAAAAGGAAAAAAUGAUGGGUCACAAGCUGGCGGUGUCUGUGGACGAGAUACGGGGGACAAUAACGGUCAACAAAUUAGAAACUUCCAACGAACCUCCAAAAACAUUCACAUUUGACACAGUGUUUGGACCAGAGAGCAAACAGUUGGAUGUUUAUAAUCUAACUGCCCGACCUAUCAUUGACUCAGUUUUGGAAGGCUACAAUGGAACAAUAUUUGCCUAUGGCCAGACAGGGACCGGUAAGACUUUCACAAUGGAAGGUGUCCGAGCAGUACCGGAGCUGAGAGGAAUAAUUCCCAAUUCAUUCGCUCAUGUAUUUGGCCACAUUGCCAAAGCAGAGGGUGACACUAGGUUCUUGGUACGAGUGUCUUACUUGGAAAUUUACAAUGAAGAAGUGAGGGACUUGCUGGGCAAGGACCAGAUGCAGAGGCUAGAGGUCAAAGAAAGACCAGAUGUGGGAGUCUACAUAAAGGACCUGUCUGGCUAUGUGGUGAACAAUGCAGAUGACAUGGACAGGAUUAUGACACUUGGGCACAAGAACCGCUCGGUGGGAGCGACGAACAUGAACGAACACAGUUCACGAUCUCACGCCAUCUUCACUAUCACAAUUGAAUGCAGUGAGAAGGGAGUCGAUGGAAACCAGCAUGUGCGGAUGGGCAAACUACACCUAGUAGACCUCGCGGGAUCCGAGAGGCAGGGAAAGACGGGAGCAACAGGACAGCGUCUGAAAGAGGCCACAAAAAUAAACCUCUCUCUCUCCACCCUGGGGAAUGUUAUUUCUGCUCUGGUGGAUGGCAGAAGCACCCAUGUGCCCUACAGAAACUCCAAACUCACCCGCCUCCUGCAAGACUCACUGGGAGGAAAUUCGAAAACAAUGAUGUGUGCAAACAUUGGGCCUGCGGACUACAAUUAUGACGAGACCAUCAGCACCCUGCGCUAUGCCAACCGGGCAAAGAACAUCAAGAACAAAGCCAGGAUUAAUGAGGACCCCAAGGAUGCCCUCCUCCGGCAGUUUCAGAAGGAGAUUGAGGAGCUCAAGAAGAAACUGGAGGAAGGGGAGGAGAUCUCCGGUUCGGAGGGGAGCGGAUCCGAGGACAUGGAGGAUGGCGAUAUGGAGGGAGGCGAAGGAGGGGAUAGGCGACAGAAACGCAGAGGCAGCAGCAGUAGUUCAGAUUCAGACUCCGCCUGUUCUGUAAUUCUGAACUCAUUGGAGAAAUCCCAGCCCAGAAAGAAGAAGGUCUCACCUGAUAAGAUGGUUGAGAUGCAGGCAAAGAUUGAAGAGGAGAGAAAGGCUUUGGAGGCCAAGCUAGACAUGGAAGAAGAGGAGCGGAACAAGGCGCGUGCUGAACUAGAGAAAAGAGAGAAGGAUCUGCUCAAGGCACAGCAGGAGCAUCAGUUGUUGCUGGAGAAGCUGUUGGCCCUGGAGAAGAAGGUGAUUGUGGGGGGAGUGGACCUGCUGGCCAAGGCUGAGGAGCAGGAGAAGCUGCUGGAGGAGUCCAACAACGAGCUGGAGGAGCGGAGGAAACGUGCGGAGCAGCUACGGAGGGAGCUGGAGGAGAAGGAGCAAGAGCGUCUUGACAUCGAGGAGAAGUACACUAGUUUACAAGAGGAGGCCCAAGGAAAGACCAAGAAGCUGAAGAAGGUUUGGACCAUGCUAAUGGCUGCCAAAUCAGAGAUGGCUGACUUGCAGCAGGAACAUCACCGUGAAAUCGAGGGGCUGCUCGAGAACAUUCGGCAGCUGAGCCGUGAGCUGCGCCUGCAGAUGCUCAUCAUCGACAACUUCAUCCCCCAUGAGUACCAGGACAUGAUUGAGAACUAUGUGCACUGGAAUGAGGACAUAGGUGAAUGGCAACUGAAAUGUGUGGCAUAUACUGGCAACAACAUGAGGAAGCAGACCCCGGUGCCAGACAAGAAAGAAAAAGAUCCAUUUGAGGUGGACCUCUCCCAUGUUUACUUGGCAUAUACAGAGGAGAGCAUGAGGCAGUCACUGAUGAAACUGGAGAGGCCUAGGACCUCCAAGAGUGGUAAAUCCAGACCAAAAACAGGCAGAAGGAAGAGGUCUUCAAAACCUGAGGCUGUGAUUGAGUCCCUUCUGCAAUAAGCCUUUCAUGGAGAAAAGUCACUACUGCAACCUCACUGAAGAAACCAGGUCUAUGAAUGGACUCUUAUCAAAAAUGAAAAAAAUGUUUCAUGGCAUGUAUCAAGCAGUUACAUACAUGACUGGGCACUCCGAGCUUAAUCAGCCAGACACAUAGGUUUCUUCCUAUAGCCAACAAUACAAGCCUAUAGUGUUAUCCAGACUGAGGAAUCUUUCAGGUGAAGCCAUUUCUGAGCAUCUAGUUUGGUUUACUGUAGAUUCUCUGGUUUGGGCUGGAUCAUUGAUUGUUAUGGGGGCCAGGAUUGUGGCUUACUGGUCACAGUUUGUAUGUUUCAAAUGUAAGUAUGCAUACUGUGCAUAGAAAACUAUUUCUCAUUUUUGUUUGGAAAUAACCUUUAAAAACCUGUGAAAUUUUCUCAGUAUGUAAUACUACUCAUAUGCCAGUGUCCCUGUUGAAAGGUUUUACCAUUUUACCGUAUGUAAUAAAACAAAUGAAAACGCAGGGCAAAAGCUGAAGUCUUAACACUGUUUCAGGGUAUAAUUUCAAUGGACCAACACUUUACAUAUGAUGACACUUGGCUUCUUUAUGUAAAAAUAUGUGUAUAUAUAACAUGAGUAGCGUAGGCUCUUACUCUACUCUUCUACUCUAAAUUGUUGGUCAUUUUGAGAACUCCAUAACCUUGUUCUAUUGAAUUCAAGCAGGUUUUACUCUUCAUUUCUUACAGUGUGUACCGUGAGUCAGUCCAUUCCUGAAAUUGAUGAGAAAUGCUGUAUAAGAAUUACGUGUUUUAGUUCAGUGCAUUUAGAUUGAAUAGAGCUCUAAGAUGCACUUUAAUAGCUGGCCUUUCGUUGUCUUCUGCAGAUGCACAAAAGGCUCUUUUGGGUUUGAUGGACAGGAAGUUAUCUGUCUUGAUAAGCACAAGACCAAGGGUAAGGCUUUGCCCUCAUAGGCGCAGGGUCUUUUACUCCAGAAAGACUGUGCAACUGCUUUUCAGCGCUCUAAAAGACACAUGCAGCCAAUGUGAUAUUGAUGGCAAUGUAAUUCUAGAAUGUUGAAUUUGAAAUGGGAGCAAAUAGUACUUAAUACUUAAUUUUAUGGUAUUGCUGGGUAGGAUUUGCAUGUUAUAUAGUUCCAUAUGUGAUGCCUUUUGUCUGAGAUGCUAACAUACUAUUUUGUGUUUUAAUGUUGUCUUUGCUGUUCUGUAGUCUUAAAAUUUUGACUAAAUAUAAUAUAAAAAUGUAAAUCUUCCUGUAUUGUAUGUCAAAUGUUUACAUGUUCUGGUCCCACACCCAAUUAAUAUAGGUAAUAAAUUAUUGCACACAUUCA